GUGGCCUUGGUGUUGGUGUAGUCCGUGCUAUCCUCUCUGCGACGGGUUAGGGAAACAGUGGCUAUUACCACACUGGGAACUGGUACACUUCCAAAAAGGUUGUUGGAAUAUGGGGGAUUUGCCCACGGAAGUAGUGUUUGAAUGUGCAUGAAUGUGCACGAAUGUUUUAAGGAAGGUAACACAAUGGUGCUUGCAGCCCAACUGACUGGGUACCUGGUGUCAAUAUGCCUCAGUCUGGUAGUUUUGGUGCCAAUGGUGCUAAAUCUGAAGGAUUUCAGGCACAAAUGUCUCCUGUUCACCACGGGUGACUACCGGGAGGAAGACGGCCAGUUUGUGCCUGUCUGGGCCUCCUGCGUGUACUGCUACUACGUCAUGGUGGUGGCCGCCUCCAUCAUCUUCAUCUGCAUCGUGCAGGGGGCACGCACCCUUGUAUUCCUCCGGAACAACACCGACACGUCGUUCGCUGGCGCCUUUGUGGACAUGAUCCUGUGCAUAGUGAUCACGUUCGCUUCUCUGGCGGCCGCCCUGUUCGUCACCCUCGGGUACGAGGUGUGGUGCAACAAUAUCACCAAGCGCUUCGCCACGUGCUCGGACGCCACGCAGAACGAGAUCGACGCGGCUGACCAGAUCGACACGACCAACUUCUACCUGGAGAUCGGCAUGGCUCAGUUCGGCGCCUGGUGCCUGUGGUCGGCCUCGGUCGGCCUCACUGUCUGCGCCGUGCUCAAGAUGUGCCGCCACCACCACGACGAGAACAUCCGCUCGAGCAUGGCGCGCGAGCGCGAGCGCCAGCGGAUCAUCCGCAGCGGGCGCAGCUCGCGCUACGACAACCUGGUCGAGGACGCCGACUAGGGCUAGCGCGCUGAGCGAGGGGCAGCCGCCGAUCGGCCGGCCUGCCGCGCAUAGGGCAACAGCACGGGAGGGGGGGGGGGGGUCAAA